AUGUCGAGCGACAACAUUAACGCGUCGAUACGGCUUCCGCCGUCGACCCGAAGGAGAAGCAGCGUGGCCCAAGAUGCACGCGCGAUUGCACGAAGGAGAAGUAGCUUUGGUGCCGAGAGCCUCAGCGGGCACCCUCGAUCGGUUCGGAUGUCCACAACCAACUCGCACCGCAAUUCGAUUGUGGAUAAGAUAGGGUCGACGCCGCAGACAGGAGGCUCCACCUCGGACCAGCCCCAAGAUGCCAAUAUCCGGUCCGAGGUUGUUGUUGCCAUCGACAAACUGAAGAGCACUUCCCGGGACUCGGCGUCCAUGCCAAAAUCAACGCUCGACCAUCAAAUUCCAAUCGAGAAUUUAAAAAUUGAAGAGUCACAGACGUCGUCCACGUCGCCAACCGCUUUCUUCCCACGAGUGCACCCAAUAUUGCUGCACUUCAACGAAGGAGAUCUUGAGGUGGAGUACGAGCGGUACUUUAUGAACCACAGCCUCAAAUCAUGGCGGAAGGCCCUUGGGGCCCUGUUCCUGUCCGCUCUUGUCGGAUACCUUUACUUGAUGGCAAGGUCGCCCGGAGACAGCGAUUACUUUGUCAGCAACUACUCGGAUGCAAUCAAAGGCAGCGUUACAAUAGCAAACAUCGACGCUAGCUGUCCUGCCGGAUGGUUUUGUCUCGUAUGCGAUCCGGAUCAGCUCUGCGACGUCUACAACAUUUAUCUCGAUGUUGCAUUUCUCGUCAUCGGCGUGCUUCUACCAUACAUUGGUGUCCUCACCGCCUCCCACAAGCUGCGACCGUCUCAGCGAGACCACUUUAUCCACCUUCUCUCGGUGUUCUUCAUUACCUUCGUGUCCGUUCUUGGGAUCAUUCCAGGAACCGUAAACAUUCUCUUCCUAUACGCCUCAUAUAUUUUUCUCCGCGUUCGCUUUAUCUACGCCCUCAACUCCAUUAUCGUCAUCAAUGUAAUCUUUCUCCUCCUCAACCUUUCGCGAUUCAUUUCGCCAGGAUCCUGGAACCACACAAACAUCGACAUCAAGACCUUUGUUCUCUGUACAAUUACCCUCAUAGUCUCCUCAGGGAUCAUCCUAUUCACCUGCCAUGAAACUGAAAUCUUCCAUCGGUCAAAGUUUCUCACGGCACACCAAAUGCAAAAGGCCAACACAAAGCUGACAAACCAACUCAAGGUUAUCCAAAAUGUUUUCGGAUCUAAAGUGGGAGACUUUGACUCUCCGCUUGAGAAAUGCUUCAUGAUCUUGCGAAGCAUGAUGGCUGACCCAACCAUGGGGCCUCACCACCUCAUCGCGAUUGGAAAGGUCAUGGACUUGCUUGGAUCCAGCAACCUCUUAUCGCCGGACAUUGCAGGACAGCUUACCGAGUUUAUGGACCCUGAGCAGGAGGUAACUAGCAAUGCCGUCCCUCUGACAUCUUGUACAUGA